UGAACAGAGAAAAAAAAACAAAUAAAUAAAUUAAAAGAUUAAUCAACGAUGAUAUGGUCGUUGUGUGGUUGGUUUUGGAUCCUGAUAUUUUUAAAUUCAGCUGGUACUCAUGGUUCACUUAAAAAUGAACAACUUACUAGUACAAGAAGUAUCAAGUAUCUUGGUAAUAUAGUAAUAUGUAUAGUAUUUAUUAAAUUGCAGUGUUUAAAAUUUUGUAUUUUUAAAUGUAUAAAUAUUUUAUUAGAUGGUGAAUAUUAUGAUGAUAUAAUAAAUGCAAGUAAUCGUCAUUUUUUUGGUGGUAAUUCUGGUAAAAAUCAUCCAAGUCAUACACUAAUACGUGAAAUAUAUUCUGAUAUUAAAAAAAUAAUGCGAACAAUACCAGGUGUAGCAACAAAUGUAUCAGAAACUGGUCAUGAAGUUGGUGAAUUAAAACGUUUAUUUUAUGGUGUACUUGAAGAUAUACGUUUUUUAAAAGAACAAGUACGUGUUAUACGACAUCAAACAUCACAUAUAUGGCAAAAUGUUAGUGAUGCUAGAAGACAUCUUAAUCAUAUGUCUUCAAGUGUUACUGGUAUUGCAAAAUAUACAAAUUCAUCAAUUGAAAAUUUAACUGAAGGAUAUAAAAAAGUAAGAGCUGUUGUUAAUGGUGUUAAUUCAACAAUUGAAAAUUUAACUAAAGGAUAUAGAAAAGUAAGAGCUGAUGUUAGUGGUGUUAAUUCAUCAAUUGAAAAUUUAACUGAAAGUUAUGAAAAAGUAAGAGCUGAUUUUAGUGGUGUUAAUGCAAAUUAUGGUAAUAUAUCUGAUGAUGUUAGAGUACUUAAAAGAAAUAAUCAUAUGGUUGAAGCAUUAUUACCAGUUGUUAAUACAUUUGUAAGUGAUACAUAUGUUAAACUUGAUAAAAUUUUAUCUGAUCAAGAAUCAAUAUAUUCAACAAUGGUUAAUAAUGAAAAUGCAAUACGUAAUGAUAUAAGUAGAUUAGAAAGAAAAAUUGAUGGUGGAUUUACUGGAUUUGGAGCAGAAGUUGAAAAUAAUAAUAAAAAUUUAUUAAAUCGAUUGGAAUAUAUUAUAUCUCAAGUUAUUGAUUUUCGUGGUUACAUUGAAAAAGUGUGUCAUCAACAUUUUCCUGGUAGGAUCAAACAAAUUUCUCAUGUUAAUAAAAUAAGUAAAAAUGAUACAAGACUAACACCUCUAGUUAAUUAUAUUAAAGAAACAUAUAAUUAUUUACAAUUACGUAAUAAAACACCAAUAAUUGGAUCUGGUGGUAUUGGUGGUGCUGGACAAAUUACGGGAAUUCCUGGAAUAAUUGAUAAUUAUUUGGGAACUUUCGGUGGUGUUGGUGGUUUUGCACUUUAUCCAGAAUCAGCUGUUAAUUUAACAUCAUUAUUACGUACAAUUGCUAAAGAACCAAUUUUUGCAGAUAUACUUCCUUCAACAAUGACAAAUUUAUCAACAACAACAACAACAACAACUGGAUCGAGUCUUUUAAAUUAUAUUCCAAGUUUCAAUGAUGUUGUUUCUGGUCUAGAUUCAUUGGGAAUAAUAACAACAACAACUCAAGCAUCACUUAUAGAUCUUAUUGACGGACUUGACUUUGAUCAAUUACUAUCUGAUUUUACACCAACUGAUAUAAGUUCAACAACAACAACAACAACUACCGAAAUUCCCGGUGCAUUUCCAAUUAUUCCUGGUUUUCCCCCUGGACAGUAUCAAUAUCCACUGGGUACAGUGAGACCAGCAAUAAAUUUAUCACCAAUUCCUGUUUUUCCAGGGCCACAAUCACCAACUGCACAACCAUCGGUACCAUCAAACUACUAUCAAACAACACCAUCAAGUUAUUAUCCAACAGCAUCACCAAACUACAAUUCACCAAUGCCAUCAAGUUAUUAUCCAUCAACACCACCACCACCAAAUUAUUAUUCAACAGCAUCACCAAACUACAAUUCUCCAAUGCCAUCAAAUUAUUAUCCACCACCACCACCAAAUUAUUAUUCAACAGCAUCACCAAACUAUAAUUCACCAAUGCCAUCAAGUUAUUAUCCAUCAAUGCCACCAAACUACAAUUCACCAACACCACCAAGUUAUUACACACCACCACCAAAUCCAACAACAACAACAAAAUAUCCAGGAAGUAUACAACUAUUUACUUUUCCACCUGGAUUAAGGCCACCAAAUUAUCCUUCAUCAAUGCCACCAAAUUAUCCUUCAUCAAUGCCACCAAAUUAUCCUCCAUCAAUGCCACCAAAUUAUCCAUCAGCAAUGUAUCCAGCACAACCAAAUCAAUAUUAUACAACAACACAACAACCAAUGACUUUACCACCUGGUAAACCACCAGCAUAUCCAAUUGGUACAUAUCCAGCAUAUCCAGGUGCUGAUAUUCCAUCAAUAUCAAAUAUACCAGGUGGACAAGGUUAUCCAAAUCCAAUUCCAACUCAACCAACAACAUCAAGACCAUUUGUACCGCCAUUACCAACAUCAACUCCUUAUCCACCAACACUUAUUGAGCCAGUUAUACCACUUGGUACUGGAUCACUUAUGGGAAGAUGUGCAUGUUUAUGUCCAUGUAAUUGUGGAUGUCCUGCUAUACCAGUUGCACCUGAUCCACCAACUACACUAACUCCAGUACACAGUUGGUGGUCUUCAUAUGAUGGUUUUCCAACAAGAAUUAGUAAAGAUACAUGUCAAUGUUUAUGUGCAUGUCCAUGUCCAAGAAAUUCAACAAUUAUUCCACCAUCAUCAUCAUCAUCAUCACCACUUGGUUCUAUAUCUCUUCAAAAUUCACAAUAUACAUCUAGACGAUCAACAACUUUAUCAUUGUACGAGGAAGCUAUGACAACUGACAGAUGGCCACCUGAACCAGAUUCACCAUCAAGACCUUUAUUACCAAGACCAAAUUAUAAUAAUAACAAUAAUAAUAAUGAUAAACCAUGUUGUCAAGAUAUUACAAAUGACAUACGUGGUGUUAAAGAAGACAUAAGAAUGAUGACAAUAACAAUGAGAGAUGAAAUUGCUAUUGUUAAACAAAGUAUGAUGAGUCAAAUUGAUAUUAAAUUUGAAGAAUUAAAAUACAUACUUGCUGAUAUACAUCAUACUCAUUUAGAUUAUCAUAAUGAAAAUAAAGCUGAUGCUGAAGAAAUUAAAGAACUUAUUAAAUUUGAAUUUGAACAAUCAAAUAAUGCAUUAAAUACAUUUGGUCAACAUAUGCAACAUCUUACAGCAAAUAAUAUGAUUUCACCACAACAAUCACGACAUCAUUUAAUUAAACCUAGAGUUAAUCGUCCAGCAUGGUUUAAUGAUGUUAAAAAACCACUUCAUUCAAAUUGGAAUAUUACAACUAAAACAAUGCCAGCUAUGCCAGGCAACAGUACCAAUUUACAGACAAUAAAAACAUAAAUAAUUUAUCAAAUUUAGAUAUGAUUUCAAUUUACAAAUACACUAAUACAAACACACAUGUUGAUGAUUUCUUGGCUGACAAUUGUUUCUUCUUACGACAUAAUAUAUUAAUUUUAAUUAUUUAAUUAUUAAAUUUAGUUGAUAAAAUUUACAGAUGCUGCCAAUGGCAUGCACGUUUCUCCUUUGGUCAAUGAUAUUAUUUCACCAGGUGAAAAAUUAUCAUCAAUAACUGAUUUACCAUUUCAUAAAAUACUGCAAAAACAAAUUAAUUCUGAAAUAAAAAAUACACUUAAAAAAC